GCACCGCCAUUACCUUUCCUCCCAUCUACCACAGAUUAGCCUUUCUCUCUCUAUUUCUCUCAAUAUUUUCUUUUAAGUUUAAUUAAUUUAUUGGUCACAAGGCAACUGCAAAUUACUAAAGAAGAAGAAUUAAUGGAGCUCCCCGAAACACGUGAUCAGGCGGCGGCCGGCGAUAUCAUGGCCGAUGCCUGGGACUACAAAGGCCGCCCCGCCCGGCGAUCCUCCUCCGGCGGCUGGAUCAGCGCCGCCAUGAUUCUAGGGAUUGAGGCAACUGAAAGGCUAACCACUCUUGGUAUCGCCGUCAACUUGGUGACCUACUUGACCGGAACCAUGCAUUUGGGCAAUGCUACCUCCGCCAACACCGUCACCAACUUUCUUGGCACCUCCUUCAUUCUCUGCCUCCUUGGCGGCUUCGUCGCCGACACUUUUCUCGGCAGGUAUCUAACCAUCGCCAUCUUCGCUACCGUUCAAGCAACUGGAGUGACGAUCUUGACCAUCUCAACUGCAAUCCCCAGCCUCCGGCCACCGAAAUGCGCAGCCAUCGGAGAGGCCUGUCUUCCGGCGACCGGCACGCAGCUGACGGUGCUUUACCUAGCGCUGUACCUCACCGCACUGGGCACCGGCGGCCUCAAGUCCAGCGUUAGCGGCUUCGGCUCCGACCAGUUUGAUGAAUCGGACACAAAGGAGAGAACCCAAAUGGCGGUCUUCUUCAACUGGUUCUUCUUCUUCAUUAGUAUUGGCUCACUUGUAGCGGUGACCGUUCUGGUUUACAUUCAAGACAACUUGGGCCGGCGAUGGGGAUAUGGAAUAUGCGCGUGUGCCAUUGUUGCUGCCUUGGCCGUCUGCCUUGCCGGCAGCCGGCGGUACCGGUUCAGGAAACUCGUCGGCAGCCCGUUAACCCAGAUCGCCGCCGUGUUUGUCGCCGCCUGGCGGAGGAGGCAUUUACCGCUGCCGUCCGACUCUUCUCUCCUCUUCAACGUCGACGAUAGUCCGGCCGAAGAUCACAAGAAGAAGAGGAAGCAAAAAUUGCCUCACUCCAAACAAUUCCGGUUCUUGGACAAAGCAGCCAUCAAGGACCCUGCAGAAAUGUCCAGUGGCAUGAAUGGGGGGAACAAAUGGUACAUAUCGACUUUAACAGAUGUAGAGGAGGUUAAGUUAGUGAUAAGAAUGCUACCCAUUUGGGCCACCACCAUUAUGUUCUGGACAAUAUACGCCCAAAUGAGCACAUUCUCAGUCUCACAAGCCACCACCAUGGACCGCCGCAUCGGCAAAUCGUUCCAAAUUCCGGCUGCCUCGCUGACCGCCUUCUUCGUCGGCAGCAUCCUCCUGACCGUCCCGGUCUACGAUCGGAUCAUCGCCCCGGUGGCCGGGAAACUUCUCAAGAACCCAGAAGGGCUCACCCCACUGCAGCGCAUCGGGGUCGGCUUAGUCAUAUCAAUUCUAGCCAUGUUGGCGGCUGCCCUGACCGAAAUCAAGCGACUCCAUGUGGCACUAUCGCACGGCUUGGCCAACCACCCAACCACCGUCGUGCCGCUUAGUGUGUUCUGGUUGGUCCCACAAUUCUUCUUUGUGGGGUGCGGCGAGGCCUUCACUUACACGGGGCAAUUGGCCUUCUUCCUAAGGGAGUGCCCUAAAGGGAUGAAGACAAUGAGCACAGGGCUGUUCUUGAGCACACUCUCACUGGGCUUUUUCUUUAGCUCGGUGUUGGUUUCUAUAGUGCACAAGGUGACCGGCAACCGGAAGCCCUGGUUAGCGGAUAAUCUCAACAAAGGCAAGCUCUAUGAUUUCUACUGGCUACUGGCGGUUCUCAGUGUUUUGAACUUCGCAUUGUAUCUGGUUGGAGCUUCUUGGUAUGUGUACAAGGAGAAGAGGCUUGCCGAAGAGGGAAUAGAAUUGGAGGAAGCGGAGGAGCCUGGUGCCCAUGCUUAGUUAGGCUUGUACAUUUUUGUUUUUGUCCUUUCCACACUACUUCUUCCAAUCCUUUUUUAUUUUUUUUUGGUCUUUUUUAGCCGUGAAAUUCUAUUGCAUGAUCUUCAUAAGAAAAUAUCACUGGAGUCAUUUGGCAAUAGCAUUUUUAUAAUUAUGAUGCAUCAUGGUGAAUUUUUCUUCUCAAUUUACAGAAAGGGUAAUAUGUGUUAUGUAAACAAAAACUUUAUAUAAAAUGAUGUAACUUGGUAAUGACUUUACAUAAGGUU